AUGGAGAUUUUGGCCAAAUUGCGGGAGAUAAAAUCUGAAGUUCAAUUAACAGAAUAUUGUCAGUCUGACACCGAACUUUUACUUAACAACACAAGCUCCAAAAAUGCUGUAAAUGAGGCGUUUGUUAAAUAUGUUGAUGCCGCUGCAAAGAUUCCCCGAGGAAUUUUACAAGGAAAAUGGAACUGGGUCGGAGACUACCAAGAAUGCCAUGACAUUGAGACGCUGCACAACCCAAAGACUAACAAAUCGUUUAAAGGAGAAUAUUCCUCUGUGGCUGUAAUUAUCAAUGGAAAACCUGUGCUACUCAAUACUUACCCUAUAGUUUUAGGUGUUUGUUUUCCAAACUCUUGUGAUGAAACUGACGUUAAAAAUUUAAUGAACACAUUAAUUUCAACCAUCAAAACAGAAAUUUUACCAUUCGUCCCGGCUAUUGCCAAGCAAAACAUAACUGUUAAUGAAACAUUGUCUGACGAACAUGGAAAACUCGAUAGUGGUGCAAUCGCUACGAUAGUGGUAAUUGGAGUGUUGUGUUUCAUCGUAUUAUUAGCAACCCUAAUAGACUACACGUGCUCUUCUUCAAAGAAGGAAACCGACAAUCUUGUAUUGGACGAUUCUACGUUUGCAGACAGUCAUGAAGAGAGAACAGGUCUGCUAAGUGGUGAACUGUUUUCUCACAGUAUCCAAGACGAUUCUACGUUUGCAGACAGUCAUGAAGACAGAACAGGUCUGCCAGGUGGUGAACUGUCUUCUCACAGUAUCCAAGAGGGCAGAUGCAAUAACUUUAAACAGAAACUAUUAAAUAUUUGCCGUGUAUUUUCGGUUACUAGUAACGGGAAGAAGCUGUUUGGUACAACUACAGCAGUAGGACCUUUAGCAUGCCUUAAUGGUCUUCGAGUAAUGAGUAUGUGGUGGGUCAUUCUAGGACAUACGUAUGUUUUCAUAUUUGCUAUUGUUGACAAUUUGGCGGAAGCAGGUCAGCUAGUUCAAAGGUUUACUUUCCAACCUAUUAUGAAUGGUACAUACUCGGUCGAUAGUUUCUUUUUUCUGAGUGGACUUUUAGUUGCUUAUUUAGCAUUGAAAGAGAUCAAAGAGAAGGGAAAAUUGAGCUGGCCGUACUAUUUCUUACACAGAUACUGGCGUCUUACACCACUGUAUGCUUUCGUUAUCCUCUAUUAUACGUACUUAAUGAUUCCUUCAGUUUCAGGUCCACUGAGAUUUUUUAUCGCUUUAGGUCCAUAUAAGGGAAGGGUUGAUAUAUGCAAGUCUAAAUGGUGGACGAAUCUUCUGUAUAUAAACAAUAUGUAUCCUAACUAUGGCAAUCUUGAUACAACAUGUAUGGGAUGGAGUUGGUAUUUGGCCAAUGAUAUGCAGUUUUAUAUUGUCUUAGGACCUAUCGUGAUAGUGACACUCGCUCUUAAGGGGCGGCUGAGAUACGUCGGUGUAUCUAUUACUCUUUUCCUGAUACUUGCUGGCGUUUUGAUCAGAGGAGUUUUAAUCUGGUAUUAUGGAAUAUAUGGGAACAGCAGUGAUGCGUCCCCAACUAAGCACGUGGAUGACCUCUGGGGUAAAAAUGGAGCUCUUUAUGUUAGACCUUAUGCACGGUUUUCUGUAUAUUUGGUCGGCAUGCUUACGGGUUACGUCCUGGCCUCUAACAACAAUCGGAUAAGAAUACCCAGAGUGCUUGCAGUCGUUGGAUGGUGCGUUGCUAUAGCAACAGCACUGGCUGUAAUAUAUGGAAUGUAUUACUAUAAUCAUCACACAGAUACACACAUGACCUUAGUUCAAAGCGCAUUCUACAAUUCCCUUGGCAGAACUGCAUGGGGAAUGUGUCUGUCAUGGGUUGUGAUUGCAUGUAUUUCUGGUAACGGAGGACCUGUUAAAGACAUUCUUUCUUGGAAAAUUUGGGCACCGCUUGGACGACUGACCUAUGCAGCAUAUCUUGUACAUCCAAUAAUUAUUUGCACAUACUACUUCAGCAUGUUUCAACCUUUACAUUUCUCAGAUCUUACAAUGGUUUAUCUGUUCAUUGCGAAUCUCGUUGUGUCUUAUUUGGUAGCUUUUAUUGUGUCUAUGCUGGUUGAGGCCCCUAUGAUACGGUUAGAAAAGCUACUGCUUCCUUCUAUAAGUUCUUUCGGUAAGAGUUAUGUCAACGCUCCAUUAUCACAUCUUGGAGAAAAAAUCAAAGACCGUCUCAGACGAUCCUAA